CGCGGGGGGAGCGCGGCGGGAGUGAGGGAGGGGACGCGCGAAGGAGCAGUCGGGCAGAGGGGUCCGGCCCGGACUCUACCAAACGCGCGGCCCGCCUGCUCGCUCCGGGCCCGGCGCCGAGCCGCGCUCCGGCCGCGCCGGCCGCGGCGUCCUCCGUGCCCGGGCCGGCAGCUCCCAACUGGCCGCGGACGGCGGGGGGGAGAAGGAACGUGCGCCCGGUGGCCCGGAUUGGCCUCCAGGUCCCCCCGCCUGGGCGGCGGAGUGCGGGCGGCCCGGGCUGGGAGGUUUGAAAAGCGGGCGAGAGACAAAGGCAGCAGGAAGCCUCCUCGGCGCCCGGAGCCCGUGCUCGCAGCCCCCGGGGCCCCCCGGCCCGGAGCAGCAGCGGCGGCGGCCGGCGGCGGCAGUGGCAGGAGGCAGAGGAUGCGGCAGGGGGCGUGGGAGCGGCGGCGGAGCGGGCGGAGCGGCGCGGCCCGAGCGCGGCGUGGUUAGACCCGAGGCGGCGGAGGCGGCGGAGGCGGCGGCCCGGCCGGGCUCGGGAGUGAGUGAGAGGGCGCCUUCCCCGCCCGGGAUGUGAGGACCGAGCGGAGCCCGGGGCGGGGGGAGGGAAGGGAAGGGAGGCGAAGCCGGCAGGAAGGAAGGAAGGACGGACGGACCAGGAGGAGGAGCGGCGGCGGCGGCCGGAGCCGGAAGGCGGGGAGGAGCCGUCCGUUGGGCCCGAGGCGGCGGCGGCAGCGGCCGGGGCGAACCGCUCUUGUCGCCUCUCGGGGCAGGAGCGGCGGGGCCCGCGCCUCCUCCCCCCGGCGCCGCGGAGGGGGGAGGAGGAAGAUGGAGACCCACAUCUCGUGCUUGUUCCCCGAGCUGCUGGCCAUGAUCUUCGGCUACCUGGACGUCCGGGAUAAGGGGCGCGCGGCGCAGGUGUGCACGGCCUGGCGGGACGCCGCCUACCACAAGUCGGUGUGGCGGGGGGUGGAGGCCAAGCUGCACCUGCGCCGGGCCAACCCGUCGCUGUUCCCCAGCCUGCAGGCCCGGGGUAUCCGCCGUGUGCAGAUCCUGAGCCUCCGCCGCAGCCUCAGCUACGUGAUCCAGGGCAUGGCCAACAUCGAGAGCCUCAACCUAAGCGGCUGCUACAACCUCACUGACAACGGGCUGGGCCACGCGUUUGUGCAGGAGAUCGGCUCCCUGCGUGCCCUGAACCUGAGUCUCUGCAAGCAGAUCACCGACAGCAGCCUGGGCCGCAUAGCCCAGUACCUCAAGGGCCUGGAGGUGCUGGAGCUGGGAGGUUGCAGCAACAUCACCAAUACCGGCCUCCUGCUCAUCGCCUGGGGCCUGCAGCGCCUCAAGAGCCUUAAUCUCCGCAGCUGCCGCCACCUCUCGGACGUGGGCAUAGGGCACCUGGCCGGCAUGACGCGCAGCGCCGCCGAGGGCUGCCUGGGCCUGGAGCAGCUUACGCUGCAGGACUGCCAGAAGCUGACUGACCUUUCUCUAAAGCACAUCUCCCGGGGGCUGACGGGCCUGAGGCUCCUCAACCUCAGUUUCUGCGGGGGCAUCUCGGACGCGGGCCUCCUGCACCUGUCGCACAUGGGCAGCCUACGCAGCCUUAACCUGCGCUCCUGCGACAACAUCAGUGACACUGGCAUCAUGCAUCUGGCCAUGGGCAGCCUUCGCCUCUCGGGGCUGGAUGUGUCGUUCUGUGACAAGGUGGGGGACCAGAGUCUGGCUUACAUAGCUCAGGGCCUGGACGGCCUCAAGUCCCUGUCCCUCUGCUCCUGCCACAUCAGCGACGAUGGCAUCAACCGCAUGGUGCGGCAGAUGCAUGGGCUGCGCACGCUCAACAUCGGACAGUGUGUGCGCAUCACAGACAAGGGCCUGGAGCUGAUCGCGGAGCACCUGAGCCAGCUCACUGGCAUAGAUCUGUAUGGCUGCACCCGAAUCACCAAGCGCGGCCUGGAGCGCAUCACGCAGCUGCCCUGCCUCAAGGUACUCAACCUAGGACUCUGGCAGAUGACGGACAGUGAGAAGGUCAGAAUCCUCCACAGCAACCUGCGAGACCAUGGAGUUAAAGAAACCCAGAGACCUUUAUCAAUUAAUUGUACUGUUUGUGAAUUUGUAUAAAUAAUAACAAAGAUCCUCUUAAAACGUUUAUAUUCUUACAGUAAAAGGUUAAACUGAUAUUUAUAUAAUAAAAGAGGAAAUAUGAAGUAUGUUUUUGAAAAAAAAAAACAAAAACAAAAAACCUUGUAUCUGUGAAUUAUUUUGAAGGCAGUGUGUGUUUGGGCCCACGCCAAAGUAGGAGGUGCUGUUUGUGUACUCUAAGAGGAAAUAAGGUAUAGGGUUUGGUGCAUCCUAUGUGGUGUAAGCUCACAGUUAAACAUUUAUUCUGUAUAAGGUUUACCACUGACAUCUAAAUGUUUUGUUUCUAGAAAUGUGACUGGACUGGAGAUUGGUAUAAUUCUUGGUUUUAAACUGUCAACAACAUGGAAAUUUUAAAAAGCUGAACAAAAUGGAACUUUUUAAAAACGAGAUCUGUAAGAGUCACGGUUUCCCCAGGGUGGAAAUGAGAUCGAGGGGUCCUGUUGAAAAAUGGCUCAUGGGAUGUGGAAGUGGGGGAGAAAGAGGGGUUUCUUUCCACUCUGAGUGGGUGUGGGGAGGAUGUGAAAUGGUGAAGGGUGGAGGGAACUGAAGCCAUUGUUCAGAAAGUUAAAAGAGCGCUGUCCUUGCUCGCUCUCUCUCUUGCUCACUCAUGCAUGCUGAAUCUCACAGUGUGAGUGAGGGUCCUAGUGGAGAGGAGGAAGGCAGUUCAGCCCCUCUUUUUAACAUUCUCCUCCAGGCCUGGCUGUAUUUAAGCACUUUCCUGGGGGAUGGGGAGGUUGGCCAGGAGUUCUUGCACAUUUGCAUUUUAAGCACUUCCAGCUCUGAAGCUGGCCACUCCAUCCACUGUGGUGAGGGUUCUUAGACAGAAUUCUUCAGGGCAGAUAAAUGAAUACCAACAAUUCUAGCAAAGAGUUCCCUUUGGUAGACGUUAACUAAAUAAUCGACACCCUGUGGUUGGGCUGUGGAAGUGGAAAGGUAUAAGCGCUCAAACAGUGGAGCAGUGCAUAUUCCUGGUUUCACAUAGGUCUUUCUCGUUGUUUCUGAGAUUUUUUUUAAACCAAAAAUACUGAUCCCAGCAAGAGAUAGUAAGAGUGGUAUAAAACUUUCCUGCAAAGACCCCUCUUUCCAGGAAGAGAGCUAGAACCCAAGUUUCUCUCGGGGUAAGGUUGUUUUGUAAAAUUUCCAAGCUUUCUGCUGGAGCCUAUCACAAAAGCUGCAUUGUUCCUUUUUGGAGAGCUAUCACAAUUGGGUCUAAUUGAGCCUGACACUAGAUCCAUCUUCCUUUUCUUUGGGGAAGGUGUGGAUCUCUUUCUUCCCUCUUAGGUUGCAAGUGCUUAUGGCCUGGGGCGGGGGGUCGGGGGGGGGGGGUGAUGUGUGAACCCUAAUAAGAAGUCUGGACUUGGAAUUAGGGUCAGCUUUCUGAUUUGGCACUAUAAUGCAUGAAGGUUCCAUAAGCUCUAAGUUCCUUAGAGGAUCUUUCUUUCUCCCAGACUGCAUGACUGUACAGAUUCAGUCCAUCAAAAUUUGAGCACCUCCUAAGUCUUAGACUCUGUGCUCACAUUCUUCAUUUUAAUACACAGUCCUACCAACUAACAGGAAGUUUUCCACUUUUCUGUUUGGUUUUGUUUUUUACUUGCAAGGCUAAAUAAAUAUAAGCCUGAUUAAAGGUCGGUGAAUGAAUGUUUGAAAGUUAAGAUCAUGGGCCUACUGUCCUCAUGCUGAACUGGGUAUGCUUACUAUAUCUGGAGUGUCUCUGGAAACGAUGAAUAAACCAUUUACUUUCAUCA